AUGUUUGCUCUCAACCAAGCCAACUUCGAUAGCAGCAGUGACGAAGACCUGUCGGCCCCUCGCUCUCCUCCACCAGAUUCCGAAGGCGAAGUCGAAGAUAAGUCGACGCCGAAGCGCGGUCAGAAUACUCCUCGGAUCCCAAUCGUGUUUGAUGCCGAGGCCGUGAAGCGCCUGGACCAAGUGGAGAUGUCUGACGCGGCGAAGCACGCGUAUCUGAAGUUGCGGACUUCCAAGCCGUGGCAGCGUUGGGUCGAAUCCUUUCAGUCCUUCCUGCCGGGUGUGACAGUGGCCCAGCGAGAUUGGAACCAGCGAUUGCGGCAAUUCUGGGAACGACAUGCCAAGGUUGUGUGGUCUCGAUAUUUCUGGAUCGGGUAUGGACAUUACGGCGAGCCAGGACACGUGGCUGAUCAAUCCGCGAACCAUCCCAAGUCGGACCUGAACCGUGCCAAUAAGGCGUGGCUGCUCCUGGUAACGGACCUGUAUCGCAUGGAGGGGCACACCGUCUUUCAGUACCUAUACGUGUGGGCCCGCGACGCUCACCCCAAGGACUUUGCGUGGUGCGGGGAGUUGUUUAAGACAGCGGGAUCACAAGGAUGGGCCCAUCAGACGGUCCCAUUUCCAUACGUCCGGCACGAAGGCCAAGGCAUUUUCAAUCCUCCGCGUUGGCUCCGGGAACAGUCCACGACGGAAAAGAACCAGACCGGGCUCUACGCAGUGUUGCCUGACCAUCAGUGCGUCGAAUCAUUGUCGGAUCACUCAGUCGUAGCUGGGUCGGACGUCUCCGGUCUACCAGAAGGCGGGUCGCCGACUUCAGCAAUUACUUUAUAG